GACGAGAGGAUCUCCUUCUCUUUACGGCGCGUUUCCUACCGAGCAAGGUCUAGAAGCCAUCAGAAGCCAGCAUCUAGUCUUCAGAUUCCAUGGCGGUCGUCAGGAGGGAAGCCACUGGUCAGGCCAGAGUGGCAGGAUCAGCUGUAGGAUGUCUCGGAAUAAUUCUGCUUGGUUUUAUCGUCCAAUCCUUUGCGGUCCCUGCAGGUGAGAGCAACUCCCUCUCAAAGGCGACUACAGUUGCUCAGAAUGCAGAACAAGAGACUGACAUCGUUAACAGGCAUCUCGGGGAUAACAAAUAUGGCGACGACAACUACGUCAAAGGGAACUACAAGGAUGACGACAAGUACUACAGUCAGGAGAAGUACUACAGCAAGAAAGAUGACGGCGUGUACCCGAAGAAGUAUGGUGGGAAGAAGAAUUAUGAAAAAACGUACGAAAAGAAACAUGCCGGCAAGGAGUAUGAUGAUGAGAAAGAGUAUGACAACGAGGGAAAAAAGGAUGAUAAGUACCAUAACUUCGGCAUGAAGUACAGUGAUAAGAAGAAUUAUGAUAAGUACUUUAAGUAUGAUAAGUACUUCGAGUAUGAUAAGUAUGAUAAGUAUGAUGAGGAUGAUGAGGAUGAAAAGGAUGAUAAGGAGGAUAGUGAUGAUAAGGAUCAUGUAAAGUAUGAUAAGUAUGAUAAGUAUGAUAAGUAUGGUAAGUAUGGUAAGUAUGGUAAGUAUUAUAAGUAUGAUAAGUAUGAUAAGUAUGGCAAGUUUGAUACAAAGCAUGAUAAGUAUGAUAAGUACGAUAAGUAUGAUAAAUAUGAUAAGUAUGAUAAGUAUGACAAGUAUGAUAAGUAUGGCAAGUAUGAUAAGAAGGAUGAUAAGUAUGACAAGUAUGAUAAGAAGGAUGAGAAGAAUGACAAGUAUGAGAAGAAGGAUGAGAAGUAUGACAAGUAUGAGAAGAAGGAUGAGAAGAGGGAUGAGAAGUAUAAUAAGUAUGAUCACUAUUAGAAGAAAGACGGCAAGUAAGUAUGGCAAGAAUGAUGAGAGGAAUGGUUAUUAUUACAAGAACUACCACGAGAAGUGCGAUUGAAGAAGAAGUAGGUCAAUAAGGAAGUUCAAUAAGUCCUGAUCAUGCCAUAUAAUCUACAAACUUCCAUAAUAAUCUCGAAUUACGUGGGGCUGGUCACCUGUGGAUAUCUCUAGAGUCUAGACUGCCACCCUUUUUCUUUUUCUUUUUCUUAGAAGGGGCAUGAUGAGCAGCAGCGGAACAGCGAGCAGGACAAUCAAAAGAAGUAUGUGGCAACAAGAGCUAUGACAAGAAGUACAAGCACAGGAAUUGUGAUGAUUAAGAGUGUGAGGGUAAGAAAUUGGAAGUGCAACAAGAAGAGCAACAAAAUACAUACGGCAAAAAAAAGUCUGAUUGCACGAACACAUCGAGCAAGGCUUUACUUCAACUUGUACAAGAGAUGGAGUGGCCAUGACAUUCAGGAUGAUCACCAAGCUUUGACCAGCCUUUCUGCGGAGUGAAACAGGGAUCAUCAGCAAAGUCGGCACAAAUAAAGUGGAUUAAAAAGAAGAAUAGGAGUUUGAUUUGCUCAUUCCUUUUGGUGCAGGGACAGCAGGAAAGGGUAAUUUUGAAUAACCGUUCAAAGCGAGUAGACAUUUCAGGAAAAUGGAUUUGGUUCUGCUUCAUGUAUUCUGACAUUUACCAAUGAAUGUGGGUGAUUUCUGCAUACCCGUGGAACUGAAUUACUGCAGUGAAAGUUUCGCCAUUGGAUGUGUUUGGUGAUGCUGUUCUUCUUGGCAGCAAGUUGACUAUAAGACUUUAUGACAGGGUUUAUCUGAGUAGAGUUCACAAGGAGACAAUAGUCAAAUUAGACAAUAGUCAAAUUAUGUCACAAACCAGAUUUUGAAUUGUGUCUUUUGCUGUUAGACCACCAGGACCCCACCAAGCUACCUGUGGGGGCCUACGUUCAUGCCCACGUUUGGGUGUGACUGUGGGAAAUAUUCCUCAAUGCACUUGAAUUCUUCUCAAUAAUGCAUAAUUGGCUA